AUGAGACCGAUUAUUAACUACAGAUCGGCUCCGGCAUACAAACUCUCGAAAUACCUGAAGACCAUACUAAAGCACAAAUUAGAGUUACCCAAUAAAUAUAUAGUCACAAACGCGGCAGAUCUUUACCCAAAGGAUCUUUACCCGUCAAUACCAACAACAGAGACAAUGGAUAUUUUAUUUAGAAUAUUACUCGGCAAAACGGAAAAGAAAAUCGCAAAAGAAAUUAUCAAUACUUUGAAGACUACGAUAAACCAAAAUUAUUUCCGAUUUAACAACAAAAUAUACAGGCAAAUAAAUGGACUAGGAAUGGGUAACCCAACAUCGGCUAUACUCAUGGAGGUGUUCAUGCAAAGCCUAGAGGAGAAAUAUAUGGAGCAUCUCACAACCAAUUUAGGGGUCAGCUUCUACGCUAGAUAUGUGGACGACAUAAUAUGCAUAAUAACGGGGGACAAAAAGGAGCAGAUAUUAGACUACCUUAAGGAACAACACAAAAAUAUAGCAUUCACGAUGGAUAAGGAAGAGAAAGGAAAACUCAACUAUUUAGAUCUAACUAUUAAAAUAAACAAGACCACCAACAGACUGGAAUACGAGAUAUACAGAAAUCCCACAGCGACCGACACAGUAAUACAUGAAACCCUCUUACCACCCACAACAACACAAAAACGAAGCAUUUAG